AGCUUUCUCACCUCAAGUCGAACUCUCUCCAAUCCCACAAAACCGUUGUGAAAAUGGGCAAGACAUAUGUCAUUGAACACAUGGAAGCGGAUGAACAAGUUCAUGAGAAACCGUUACCGGAAUGGGUCGUAUUGGAGUACCAUCACAUUUUACAACAGAUUGGCGUUGAAGGAAAGAAAAUAUCCAAGCCAGCUAUCACGGCUAGCCCUGUUGAUUUGACAACGACCAAGCCUAUCGGAUCAUCAACACCAUCACGGGUCAUCUUUGCCAAUUUAUCGUCAGCGGGAACAGAUGGCCUCAUCGAUCUCUUGAACCAGCGCACUGAAACCCCAGUAGCUCGCUCGCUACGGGCCGUAUCUUCGACUCCAACAGCUGACCUGGCUCAACCCGAUCGGUGCAUUUGCACUAUGCUACCCGUGCUUGAGCUUAUGUCUGCCGAGAGAAUCAGCCUGAGCGAAGUUUGUCUACUGGAUCCUCGGGCCGAGACCGUCCUGGAGCCCGCUGAUGCCAAACGAUUCCGAUGGUUUUUAUUUGGAGGUAUACUGGGUGACGAUCCCCCUCGUGAUCGAACAGCUCAGCUACGCAAAUUCGGAUUUCCAAGUCGACACUUAGGACCCAUUCAAAUGACCACCGACACUGCUGUAGCCGUUUCUAAACGGAUCGUCGAAGAUGGAAUCGAAUUAGAAAACUUACCAUGGACCGACCGGCCGACCCUGAACUUCGGACCACGAGAAUCAGUGGAAAUGCCAUUUCGUUACCUGGCUGAUGAAAGUGGGUCACCGAUCAUGCCUCAAGGGAUGAAGGAGCUCAUCCAUAAGGACAUGGAUCGAGCGUUCGAGUUCUAAUACAAGUCAUAAUAUGCACGGCUUCACGUUAAUAUCACAUCUUCACCACCUUCUUGUCCACUCGACUGAGUUAUUACCAUACCAGAAGCCAUCAAAUAGCCGAAGAACGUUUGCAAUACUCCGACCAUCUGUGUGAUUCUGCUACUCUUGAAAUCGGGAUGAAUAUAUCUAUCUAUCUUGUCCAUACGCAACUUUUGUAUAUUGUCAUUGCUAUUGCGUGUGAAUCACUUACUCAUGGCUAUCAAGGAGAGUAAUUCUAGUCACAACUCGUGAGCAGAAGCUUGCAAGGUUAUGAGUAUCAUUCUAUCAGACUAACUCUAUGAGACACUAUGUUAAUUAUCGAAAGAUUGUACAUCAUG